AUGCCUUAUCUAUUUACCAGGUAUCCCUUAGAUGAUCUAUACCUAGGGCUGGAUGAUGACAUAGAAUAUGAUUCUCCUUCAUCCGGAUCACCAGAUGUCUUGGCUGCAAUACCUGAUCAAUCACCUCUGGCUCAAGCUGAUCAUCCAGGUUUUCCCAUUGAUCCAGAUUUGUACCUUGGGCCUGAGGAUAUAUAUUGA